CGUUUUCCCUUAAAAACACAAAAAAAAACCCAAAAAAACUAAGAAAAAAAAUAAAAAUGGCGAGAAUCACCUUGUCAUUCUGCUUUGCCUUCAUUGUUGCAUCGGGAGCGAUCUUUGAAGCAACGGGGACCUUUUUCUUCUUGCCGCAUUACCUGAAAAAACUGCCGAGAUACUCACGAGACGUCGAGCCAUUCGCUUUCAGCGGGAUGGCGAAGUACAUGCAGAGCCUUCAGAAGGGGUGUCCUUCAACCUCGGAGUUCAACACUUUCUUCUCCAAGCUCCAAGAUUACAUGAGCACCUUGAACUCGGCUUCUUCCAUGUCUGGUUCGGCGAACUCCAAGGCCUUCGAGUCUCAGAUGAAAGGGAAGGCUGAAGGGCUUUACUCUGCAAUGUCUCAAUUGUCUAGUGGCAAGUCCGGUUCGGCAGAAGCGGCGAAGAUGAUUGAGAUGGCGCAAAACUUGGGGAAGACAUUGAUGGAGCAGAGGAGGAGUGGUUCUACGACGUUGUCGGUUGAGCAACAGCAAGCGAUUCAGAGCUCAAUUACAAAAUGGGCUCAAGGAAUUGGUCAGUUCGUGAACGCUGCUGCUCAGAAGAACGGUGGAGGUUCCAUUGAUUUCUCUGCUGCUUUCGGCGGUGGCGGCUCAACCGGCGGUUCAUCAGCCUCUGGUGCUGGAAGUGAAAGUUCCGACAGCUCCGCCGCUGCCGCUGGAAGUGGAAGUUCCGCAGGUGGUGCUACUGCUUCUGGUGGAAGCUCUGACGAGAACUCCUCUGGCGAUGCAAGUGGAAGCGAAGAUAGCUCCUCCGCCAUUGGAGGUGGUAGUGUCGCAGCAGGUGCUUCCGGUGGAAGCUCUGAGGAAAGCACCUCUGGUGGUGCAAGUGGUAGUGCCGACAGCUCCUCCGCCGCUGAAAGCGAAAGUUCCGCAGGUGGUGCUUCCGGUGGAAGCUCCGACGACAGUUCCUCCGCCUCUGGUGCUGCAGGUGGAAGCUCCGAAGAUAGCUCCGCCGCUGCUGAAAGCGGAAGUUCCGCAGGUGGUGCUUCCAGUGGAAGGUCCGGCGAUAGCUCCGCCGCCUCUGGUGCUGCGGGUGGAAGCUCCGAAGACACCUCCGCCGCCGCUGGAAGCGGCAGUUCCGCCGGUCCGCCUCUGGUGCUGCGGGUGGAAGCUCCGAAGAAGACAGUUCCGCGGCUGCUGGAAGCGGAAGUUCCACUGGAGGUGCUUCCGGUGGAAGCUCCUCCGUCUCAGGUGCUGCAGGUGGAAGCUCCGAAGACACCUCAGCCGCCGCUGGAAGCGGAAGUUCCGCCGGAGGUGCUUCCGGUGGAAACUCAGACAGUGGCUCUUCCGGCGCUGGAAGUGGAAGUUCCGACAGUUCCUCCGCCUCUGGAAGUGAAAGCUCUGCAGGAGGUGCUGCAUCCGGAGAGAGUUCGGCAGGAGGUUCUUCCGACAGCAGCUCCUCCGCCAUGGGAGGUGGAGGCUCCUCAGCAGUUUCGCCCACAGGCUCCGCCUCUGGUGAAAGCUCAUCCUCUGGCUCCGCCUCCGGCUCAAGCUCAAUGA